AGAAUCGAACUCCGAUUGAAACUCACAAUUAUAAUUCUGAGCUUCAGAUGUCAAAAGUCUUCUGUGGAGGUUUCAUUAAUUCUGAUAAAAAAAAUACCAGAAAUAUUAAUUAUUAACCAGCGGUUGCAGUCACGAUGCUGUUCUUCUUCUUUCUCCUACUCCAUAUGUUAUCUUCCAACGUUAUCGGAGUUCGUUCAUCAGCGUUGAAUUUAAGCGACGAUUAUCAUUCCCGAUUGAAAAAAUCAUGCACCGUUUACGAAGACACGUUUCCAACUUUAUUCGGCGAUAUUCUGACCUUGUUCAAGGACGUUCUGCAUUAUUCUUUCGUCAUAUGGCCCGCAGAAUCACCACUGCAGCGAGCAUCGGGACCGGAACGAUUACUGGGAAACGAAUACGGGGGCAUUUUGUCGAAGGGAAGUCUGAAGUUGGAGAAAACGAUCCUCAAGGUUCAAUCUUCUCUAAUUAAAGACAUCGGUCGAGUUCUCGACGAAGUUGCCCGUGCAAUUAAUCUUACAUCUCUUCUAAAAAAAAGUCAAAGCAAGCGGCUUCAAACUCCACAUCAUUUAAUCUCCGACUGCCUAGGGUUCAGUAGCUGAAUUUCGUAUAAAUAUAAACCCAACUUAUCGGAAUAAAGUAUAAUAAACAUCAUUAUCCUAAUUAAAAGAAAAAAAAAAACAAAGA